CCUGUACAACUCCGCAUUUGCGUUACAAAAGUUAAACUAAGUUGAAGUCUUAUUCAAUUUCAAAACAGAUAGCAGUCAGUGCAGUGCACUUGUGCCAGAUACAGAUACUUUUAAUCGAUAGUCGAAGGAACGAAGAAAAUUUGAAGGAAAUCAUGCCGGAUAUUCCGUUUGUCUUAAAUUUGGAUUCCCCAGACUCAAUUUAUUAUGGACACGAUAUUUUUCCGAACCGUUUAUACCGACGUAUGCAUUCUCGCCAGCACCAUGAAUUGGAUUUUCAUACGUUGGGAAUGAUUGCCAGAAUGGGUGCUCAUGCUCAUCACUUGGUGGCGAAUAAAAAACGAAAUGGUGAACUGACAGCCCUGGGAGCAUCCAAGGAUAACAAAGGCAAUUUUGAGGUGCAUCUCGAUGUCGCUUUAUUCGAGCCAGGCGAACUAACCGUCAAGCUAAUCAACGAUUGUCUGGUCGUUGAGGGCAAGCACGAGGAACGCGAAGAUGAACAUGGUCAUGUGACUCGUCAUUUUGUGCGCCGUUAUCCGCUACCUAAGGAAUAUGAUGCCGAUGCUAUAAGCUCUUCCCUGACGGAAGACGGUGUGUUGACCAUAACAGCGUCACCAUUGAUGUCCAAGGAGGAGCUACAGGAGCGCGUAAUUCCUAUCAAGCAUGUGGGACCAAGCGAUUUAUUUCAGAAUGUCAAAAAUAAGAAUGAAAAUAUUAAGCCCGAAGACAAGUAAGCCCAGUCAAAAAUAGCUAAGCAAGGAGCGGCCAAGUGAUUUUCUCCAAGACUCUGAAUAUAUAAUACAUUAUAUUAUUGCACUUCAAAAUAUUCAUUCAUUCAUUAAAUCCAAUUAUGACAAUUACAUUUUAAUAAGCAAACUAAUCACAAUUUUAAAGACUUAUCAACUAUUCAGUAUUAAAUAAAAUAAAUAUCAAAUUAAA